AUGACUUCUAAACGACGGGGGCAGUGUAGCAAAAGUGUUCGUUUGCAAGACGAACCAGAUGUUUCACAACAAAGGUUGAAAACCAGUGAAGGUUUCACUACUAAAACAUCAAUAGGCAGAAGAGUUUAUAGUAGAAAUCUACAUCAAAAAACUUUGGACAUGGUCACACCUUCGCACCACAACCAUGAAAGUGUGCCACCAUUGGAGAAUGAGAGCUUGAGUGUUGACGUCGAACAACAAGAAGAUGAAGGUAUUGCAUCUAGUGCUGAAAUUGUUGAAAAGCAAAGUAGAGGCCCUACGUAUAUGAAAAAUAUUUGGGGUCGCCCUCUAAACUUGCCCCCCAUUCAUGUUGAAUAUAAUGAGUUCGGUCAAGCUAUAGGUGGUGAGGAUAGCACGCUCUGCCAUUUCCUAGGUUCGAUAGCAAGAAGCGGUAAUUAUUGUCCUAUAGAUAUUAAAAGUUGGCAUGCCAUUCCAAAGGAGAGAAAAACUGAGAUGAUUGACAUUGUAAAGUUACGAUUCCAUGUCCCUAUCAUUGCUGAGAAAUGGAUUCUGGAAUCCAUCGGAGUUAAAUGGAGAAACUGGAAGCAUUACUUGAAAACGAGAUACUGGGCUGACGUACCUAUCGAGCAUUUAAUAGAUGAUAGGGACGAAAGAGUUUUGGAAGUUCAAUGGAUCAAUCUCCUUGCCUAUUGGAGAACGGAACAUGCAAAGAAUGCAAGCAAAAGAAACAAAAAAGCGCGAGAGAAAAAGUUAAUGAAUCAAAGAACAGGAAAGAAGUCGUUUGCUCAAGUUAAAGCAAAAAUGUCAGCAAUGGAAGAUUGUAAUGAUCAAUCUCUUGAAGGUUCGGACGAUGCAAUUGGUCCAGAUGAUAUCUUUGCCCAAAUUAUGGGGAAGGAUAGACCCGGCCAUGUUAGGAUGAUGGGUAAGGGAGUGCGUCCUUCAGAUUUAUGGAACGAAACUUCUAAAAGCACAUCAAACCGUUUGCUAGUGGAGUAUCGAGAAAAGAUUGAACGGCUAGAGGCAAGGCUUGCAACACAAGAAAGAGUUUGUGGUUCACAAGCAGACACUAGGCCAAAUGUGAUAGUCUCUAAGCCUUCCUCAGUAAAUGCUACAACAGUUCAUAUUGAUCAGGUUGGUACAUACGUGUCUCUGAGAAGCAUUUUCACAAGAAAAAUUGUUGCCAAAGGAUGUAUUCAUAGCAUAGAUCCAAGUACAAAAGUUGGCGACCAAAUGUUGGGAUUGAAUUGGUGUGAAAUAAAUGUUAAAGUUGUGGUUGAACCUAAGGAGCAAUUGAUCAGACCCUACGACAACUUGCAAGAGCUUUCCCAGACAGUUGGUCAUAUGAUUGCUUGGCCAUGUUUUUUGGUGGUGUCGCAGAGAACGUUUGCCCUUUCGACAGAUUUAAGAGGCUAACAUAUCUGAAGAAACAAGCAAUGCACUUCUGGAUAGAUAGGAUUUUACUAAUUCUAGUAUCUUUUGUGUAUUUUACGUAGAUUAUGAACAACACUUUUAAUAUUGUUUAGUAUGUAGAUUGAAAAUGCAUUACAUUUUGGCAUUAGAUACUUUGACCUUAUGUUAUUUAAAUAUGGCGUUUUAUUGGAAUUUGUUGUUUAUGAAA